AUGAGCAAAGAGGCCCCAAACACACUCUUGCACCUGGCAAUACAAAGGCUUCUAAGAAAUAAGGACUUGGUCAUCCAGGCUUUGGAGGACUUGCCAGGGGACCUCUUCCAACCACUGUUCCUGGAGGCCUUCACCAGGGGACACACUGAGGUUCUGAAGGCCAUGGUUCCAGCCUGGCCCUUCUACUGCCUCCCACUGGGGACCCUAAUGCACAUGAGGAAACAAGAGGCCUCAGAAACACACCUGCAUAUUUCCCAGCUGCGGGUACAGUACCUACAAAACUUACAAGCUAUGCUGGAUGGGCUUGACGUGCUGCUGGCCCAGAAGGUUCGCCCCAGGAGGUGGAAACUGCAAGUUCUAGAUUUGCGGAACACACAGCAGGACUUCUGGAAAGCCUCUACUGAAAACCCGACUCAAGCCUGUUCCCCUGUGGCCGCAAGCACUAGGAAAAUGGAAAAGAAUGGGUCAAAUGUGGAGGAAAAGCAGCCUCUGAAGGUGAUCAUAGACCUACACAUCAGGAUGGAAUAUCUACUCGAAUUCCUAUUCCAGUUCUACCUAUUAGAUUGGGUGGAGAAGAGAAAAGGUUCACUGCAGCUGGACUGCAGGAAGCUGCACAUUGGCUCAGUCCCCAUCCGAAUCAUGAGGAAGGCCAUAGAAAUGGUGGACCUGAGCUGUGUUCUGGAGGCAGAUUUGUGUCCCUUCUGGUCAUUUUCUACUCUGGCGAGUUUUGCCCCUUACCUGGGCCAGAUGCAAAAUCUUCACAAACUAAUUCUCUCCCACAUCUCUGCAGCAGAGUUCAUUCCUACAGAGAAGGGAGAACAGCUGGCCAAUCAAUUCACCUCUCAGAUUCUCAAGCUGCACUGUCUUCAGGAAAUUUAUAUAAAUUCUGCCUCUUUCCUUAAAGGCCACCUGAACCAGAUACUCGGGUCUCUGCAGUCUCCCUUGGAGAAUCUUUCAAUAACUGACUGCUGGCUUUCACACUCAGACUGGAACCAUCUGUCCCGGUUCCCGAGCACUUGGCAGCUCAAACACUUAUAUCUGAGUGAGGUCCGGCUGUUUGAUUUUCCUCCUGAGCCUCUACAAGUUCUGCUGGAGAUAGCUGCUGGCACUCUGACCACGCUGCACUUGGAGGCCUGUGGGUUCAGUGAUUCCCAGCUCUGUGCCAUCAUUCCUGCCCUGGGCCAAUGCUCCAAGCUCGCCACUUUCAGGUACAUAAGGAAUUGCAUCUCUGUGGCAACCUUGGAGAGCCUGCUGUGCCGCACUGCCAGGAUGAGCAACUUAAGAAUGGAGCAGUAUCCUGUUCCUUGGGAGAUUUGUGGUGGCCAGAACGCUGCCCAUCAGAUUAGACUGGGCAAGAUUCGUGAUGCACUGAAGAGGAUUAUGAAGCCAUUAAACUAUCCCAGGAUGAUCUGCUUCAAUACUAGUCAGUGUGAUUUCUGUGGUAACUCAAAAAUCCAUUACAAGGAGUCUAUUCGCUGCCCUGAUUAUAUCUUCAUCUAG